GAUUAAUAAUUUCUUCGGAAUCAAGGAAAAACUGAUCAUCGCAGUUAUCGAUAGCGUCGAUCACAGUUGCAGGUUUUUGUGCUACAGAUUUCCAGUGAUUGUGCCAUAUCUCAUAUUCACUCAGAAAUAUUGUGCCUUCAUUUUCCCCACCCAAAAAUGUCUGUGCAAUCUUUUUUUAAGAUUUUCUUUUAUCCUUGAGUCAUUACUGGUUUUUUCAGGUAGAAGCAUUUGAAUUCCUUCGAUCGUCGAUUCAUGUGGUUUAAAACGAACGUCGAGUUCUGUAAUAACAUGAUCAAUGAAAGGGUAAAACACAUUUCGUCGGUAGUAUAUUUCGGCAGUUUCUGCUGCAAUAUUAUUGCGCAGGGUUUGACUUCCAGUUAUUCUUGGCACAACUAUAUCGCUUGAACUCAUCUGCUGUGCUUGCUCAAAAAGGAUUGCGAACUGACUUUCGUUCCGAUCAUUUAGUAAAGUCGUUUUUACAGUUUUUGUAUAUUCGCAAAUGUUGGUCAAAUCAACAUUGACUUUCUUUAUUGCUUUGUUAAGGAAACCCGCAGGGUAUCCUUAGUCGGGUCACGAGUUACAUAAAAGAUAGGUGGCCGAAGGAACUAGAAAUAAAAGAACUUCAACCAUCAACACAGGCAAAACCAUGAUGGAGAAAUCCGUCACAUUCACAUCUCGCAGUGCCCUUUCCGACAUGGAGGAUGAUGACGAGGAGACUACAAGCGCAGGAACCAGCACAUCAGAUCUCAAAAAGAUUCCUGAUACAGGAAUAAAACCUCUUAGUACAGAGAAAAGAGAGAGACCAGGCAAUCUAAGAGAGGUGCUGAAACACCUCUGGAUGAAUUUCGACGAGGUCAAAAGAAGGUUAGAUCAGAUCCUCAGUGUAGUGCAGAUGUUAUGAGGAGACUAGAUAAGCGGGAUGCCACACUUCAAGAAAUCCUGAAAGAAAUACGAGGCAUAUCAGCAGUAGUAGAAGAUCUUAAGACAACCGUAACACAUAAAAUGACUCAAAUGGAGACUGAAAUUGGAGUUCAAGGAGUUCAAAUCCAGACGAACUUUUUUUUUUGUUUCUUUUUUUGAUUUUGUUGAUUAGUUUGCUCCUACUUCUGAAAUAAAAUUCAAAAUGGCAACAAGGGGACCCGUAACAAACAAAACUGGGAAGAUGCCCGCUUGCGCAGGUUGCCGCCGCAAUAUCACAGACAGGCGAUACCUGAAAUGCUGUAGGUGUGCGCAGUACUGGCACAUAGAGUGUGUAAAUAUUCUCGAGUGCAGAUUCUACAACACUAUGACGGAGCACAAGAGCAGGUGGAUAUGCCCAGAAUGCGUCUGUAGCCAGCGGAAGUGGGGUGACAACACCGAGACGCCGGUCAAGUCCUCGGAGGUCAGUCAGUAACCACCCGUCGGGCGGCCGCGGCGGCCCGCACGGAGAGUCUGGACGAGACGGGGAUGUCUCUGGAUGAUGACACUCAGACAGCGGAGGAACAGAGCAUCGAGGAGAGGGUACUUCCGGCGACUGGCGGCGUCCAGCCAGCUCUCGCUAAACGAAGCCGUCCAGAGCAUGAUGAGCGAGCUUCGCCAAUUUAGGGAAGAAAUGCGGGACGAAGUGAAAACCAGGCGAGCCGAGAUCAAGUCUCUCAGGGACGGCUUGCUGCAGUUGUCAGAGAGGGUGGACAGCUGCAGGACUCACGUCGUCAGCCUGGACGAGCGAAUGAAGGCGCUGGAGCUCAAGGCCAACCAGGGCGACGAGGCCAACACGGCGUCGGUCGCGGAGCUGGAGCGGACGGUCGCGGGACUCAGGCUCGAGCUGAACGACCGGGAGCGGGAGCGCAGUGUUUUGUGUUCUAUUGAUGUGUGUUGUAUGGUAUUUAAUAAAAAAUGGAUGAAGGAUUCGAAAAAGGACAAUCCGAUAACCUACCGAGAGUGGACGGACUCAUGAUUGCUCAAUAUUUAGCGACAAACAGCGAUUUCUUUGCCGUCGAAAUGCGAGGCGUAAAAAUGCAACUUUGUAUUUAUAACUUUUCAGAUCGGCAAGAGAGAGCUAUGGCGAUGACGCUAUUGGUUAAGUACAGACGACAGCACAUCAGGAUAUACAUUUUUGUAGCAAAGUCGCCCUUAUCGCAACUACGUAAGAUACCAGUGUUUACGUUGACGUGCUGUCGACUGUACAAGUUAAACGAGAAGGUGAUGUGUGUACGGUCAAAUGUAGAAUCACACCGAAACACACCGUACGUACGUACCAAACCAUACCACUGUAGUUUAGAAUGCAAUGAAAAGGAUCAAGAAGUUGUGUAUGUAUGUAUCCUGCGAAGAUUGUACCGCCAGCAGUGGUGGAUGUAAGCAUACCAUUGCAUUUUUAAUGUGCUACAUCGUCGAAGCGAAGAGCCUUCAACAACUGCUACCAAAUGUUAAUGUUAUGUGCACGCGACUGAUAUUCAUUGGAACGGGAGAAAGAGACAUAGAGAGAGAGAGAGAGACAGUCAUUGUCACGUCGCGUCGCUACAAGCGCACACCUCCAUACAUCUCUUGUUUUCAAUUUUCUAACUUUUUAGUAUUUUUAUGACGCAGGAUUUAUAUUAUAUCAAAGCCCUUAUCAAUACGAUUCAAAUGAACCCAAACUUGAUGUGAUUGUGUCGUUUUAUUGCGAAGUACCUAUGGCCACCUUCCAGCUCCAUCAUCAGAUCAGCUCCAUGUCAUCAUAAUAUUGCAUGGUCAUCCAAAUGACAUGUGUAUGCGAAAUUUCAUCUUAAUCGGUUGUCCGGAAGUGGGUCUAAUUCAGCUUGCAAGAUUCCACGGUUCCACCCAUACAAGUUUGAGCCAGUAUUAUGACGUCACGCGCAUAAAAUGGCGGGCCAGGCGCCGCCCGCACCUUUAAAAUUCAAUAUCUUGGAAACUAAUUGACGUAUCGAAAUAAUGGAGUUGUUUACUGGAUAGUACAUUUUUCCUCCGCUAGGCUGCGCUCUGUAUUUCUGACCCAUAACGAAACAUUUUGGAGGAAUUACAAAGUUUUAUUUUUUGGUUUCAAUAAAAAAUGCCUCGAUGUGUGAUAGUAGGGUGCAAUGAGAAUGGAAGACAUACAUUUCCAAACGAUCCGAAAUUAAUAAAGUUAUGGGAGAAAAAAAAAUAAAGCUUCAAAGAAUACGAGGUUAUGCUAUAAACAUUUUAAAGAAUCCGAUUAUCAAGAAAUUUGUGCUA